UGCCAAUGCCUCACCACACUUUUUGAGUUUUUCCUAAUACCCAACCUGAACCCUCCCUGGCACAACGUAAGGCCAUUAUCUCUUGUCCUAGAUGUCAACUCCCUUCAACUGUUUUUUUCUUGUCUGCCUUACCUUAUUCCUCUGCCAGAUUGCUAUCCUCUCCUACCAAGAUUUGUUUGGUCUGUUCUAUUAAUACUGUCAGAACUUAAGCAUCUGUGUCUAUUACAUCUGCUUUUCCCUUCUUUUUUGCUCCUGAACAUAGAAACAAGACGUAUGACUGCUCUGUUACAGCUGUGGAGAGCUACAGGAUUUUUAGGAUGUGAGACAGCAGCCUCUCACUACAUGCUGUUAACUGAUACUAUUGCAUUCUGCAUAAUGUGCAGGAUGUGAAAACGUCUCAGCUGAGAACUGCUUUGGGUAAAUGAAUGUUUGGCCCAAGUCAUGAGGAAGAUUAAUUAUUAUUCCAGUGGAUUUUACUCUCCUUCUUUUCAGUUGAUUUUGGUUUACUUUUAUUCUACUUUGGCUCACUCCCAUGUGUGACUGCCAGAUCUGCAAACAAAAACAUCUGUCAUGGGCAGGAGGAGCAGUGAGCUCAGGUGCAUCCCCUGGUCCUCAAAGGAGCUGAGAGCCUUCCAGGCAGUAUGUUCAGGUGCAUGGCUUUCUUCAAGAAGAAAUCAAUGGAGAAAUGACAAAAGUCUGACUACGAAUAUCCCAUGGGUCUGGGAUUUUUUGUAUGCGUCACAUUGGAAACCCCUUUGUGGUUCUUCCCAUCAGUGCCAUUGGACAUCCCACCAUGGCUUUUCUCAUCAGCCCAUGUCGAAGUGGGAGUACCAGGCAGCAUCGCUGUCUGAAAAAGGCACAGCCACAUCAUUCCCUGCUAUUAAGCUCUGAAGCCAGCUGUGACACAAUGAGUGUUUGCUCAUGAUCUCACAAGGGGAUCGGUUCUACCAUGGUGUGAGGACCUGCUGCAGAGAGAUCGAGAAACAUAAGUCCUGAUACACAUGCUGAAAAUACACAUGAUGGGAAAUUUGUAGACUAUGAAAAUAAUAUAGUCCAAGAAGCCAGUAAGAGGCAUGCAGCAGGAGAGGAAAAUGUGCAACAAUUACAUUUGUUUUUAUUGAAAGAUCAGGAAAACAAAAAGCCACAAGCUCCAACACAACAUCCAGUAACAAAAUAAAGCAAGAGACAAAAGAACACAAGCCUCCAAGAAUUUAUAGCAAACAUUGCAGCUUCAUCUUUUAGACAGCUGGAGAAUUACUGUCUGACUUCAUUGAGAAACAUUUCUAAAGCUAAGAAGGAAUCUCCUUGUGAAUCACCUGUGCAGAUCUACAAAGCAGGCAUGUCUCUUAACUCUGGAGAUCAUCAUGAACAAAUACCCUCAACCACAGGCAGGUACAGAGCUAUUGGACCAAUCCAUAUUCAUCUCCACCAGGGCUUUCUACCUUCUGGUGAAGCACUUGGUUUCGUUUUGCUGUCUUCAAGGGAACCUCCCAGUCUGCUGCAUCAGAUACAGCAAAGAAAAGCACAGCAACAGCUGCAAAAUCGAGUUCAAUCAGCUACCAUCAUUCAGGCAGCAUGGAGAGGCUACCAAGUUCGAAGGGAGCUGGAUGACAUGAACAAAGCCUCUGCCAAGAUUCAGGCAGCAUGGAGAGGCUACCAAGUUCGAAGGCAGCUGGAUGAAAUAAGCAAAGCCUCUGUCAAGAUUCAGGCAGCAUGGAGAGGCUACCAAGUUCGAAGGGAGCUGGAUGAAAUGAACAAAGCUGCUGUCAAGAUUCAGGCAGCUUAUCGAAGCCAUAGGACGCGGCAGCUGUUGCCCCUAGGGUUUUACAAUUGCUUAAGAGAUAAAAAGUUUGCCCUGGAUGGAAAGAAGAAAGAAGAACAGGGAACUGUGUCAGUGCUUGGAGUGCCUGGCACCCUGGAGUGCAACAUGUGGUGUGAGAAAAUCUCCCAUAUUCCAGCUGCUACCAUCAAAAUUGAGAGUCCAGCAGGUUGUUGCAGGGACAGACACAGUCCGAGCUCUGAUGUUAUUCCUGGGGCAGCUGUGCACAGUCUAGAGGUUUAUCUCACACCCAUCAAAGCUGUGAACCAUGAAGACAAUUUAUUUGCCUUUGAGAUUCUCCCAGCUGUGACAUCUGAACAGCAACUCCAGAAUGCUGCAGACAAAAUUCAGGCUGCAGGGAAAGAGCACCAAAGCACAGAAGAGCUUGAUAAAAUGGAAAGACCAGCUGAGAAAAAAUCAGAGCAGAACCUGGUCCUAGCUUACAGUUGUCAACUCAAACAAAACUUUUGUGAAAAUUUUCAAAUUUCAGACACUUGCAGUAUCACCGGAGUGCUGAAAUGGACUUCGAAGCCCAAAGACAAGGUGCCAUACCCCAAACAAAGCCUCACUGCACAGUUAGAAAUGAAAAAGAGGAAAAAAGCAUCUGAUGCUAAGAGUGAAGCCCCAUCCAUCAGGAAGGUUGAAGUGCACACAGUGGUGAGAAACCUGCCAGCAUCCCAGCGGUGCCCCAUCUCCCUCCAUGUGUCCAGUCCCAAUGGAACUGUGGAGUGCUCUCAGAGGGAAAUGGCUAUGAGGCAGCUGCGUGGGCUGUAUGCUGUCAGAGGACUCAGGGGCUCUCAACCUGCUUACAUCUCCAUCUGCAUCAGCGUGGUGGAAGUGGGAAGGGAGGCAGGCGUGAGUGCAGCGUGGUAGGAAAGCACCAAGAAGAUCUAGCACUGAAAUAUCUCUUUUCAUCCUGUGCUCGCAAAGCCUGGCCACGGCUGAAGCUCCAAUCCUGGUGCAGCUCUGGCAGCACCCACUCCGGGCUGCCAUCAGCUCUUCACACAGGCCUCCUGCUGCUGCCUGCUGUGGUCACAUCUCUCAAGACAAGCUUCAAUUGCUGUCACAAGCCAGUCCAAGCAGAAGCGCAAGAUUCGUGCAUGCUUUCAGAGCUCGUUACUUAGCCUGGGGCACCCUUAUGCAACGCUGCAGCUACAAGCCCAUCGCGCUAGGAGUCAGCUUUCAAGCCACCGCACUGCUCUCUCGCAGCAGGCCCAAUAAACGCCGUGCAGCAGCCGUGCCCGCGUGCUGCGCUGCCGCGUCCCGCCUGGGAGCGGAGCUGGAGCGGCGCGGAACGGAGGGAGCAAAGUGCGGAGCGGGCGGGGACAGGGGCCGGAGGGGAAGAGUCGCGUCCUGGGGCGGGGGGAGGAAGCGGUGAAAACGGCUGUCGUGUUGGGACGCUGCGGGAAAGGGUAGCGAUGCUGGGCUGCGUGCCAGGCAGUGCGGACAUCUGCGUUGCUCUGCCGCCCGCUGUCGGCUCCCGCUUCGCGGUGUUGGGGUCUUCAGUCGUACCCAGUGUUAGGGUCAGGGUCCCGGACACCUGUGGGAGAGUAAAGGUGAACCGUUGAGAAGGUUCAAGUUUCACCCCGAUGCUUAAGGAAUUUCAUCAUCUCAGGGAUGGAGCAUUCACACAUUCCUUCCCUUCCACAAAGUGUUGGAGAGAACAGCUGGAUAAAAGCUUGUAAGCAGGAGGCACCAUCACCAAGCAAACACGAGAAAAUGCAGCAGAUUAUUUCCCAGUGCCCGCCUCUGGUUGUCAGACAACUUUGGCAGCCAGAGAUCAGACAGGAGAGAGAUCAGAGAUCAGACUGUCUCUUGCUCAACCCAGUCAGUGGGUGGAGGCAAUGGUAAAGCAAACACAUGGUUUUUCCCUCCAACAGCCUUCAUGUAGUGUCUAAAAAGCCAGAUGGUAGGUUAUCCGCAUUACCUCCAAGCAGUGGGCUUCUUGGGCUGCAUCUCUCCAUCCUGCAGUACAGCAGAGUCUAACAGAGAAGUGCCAUAUGCAGUCUCAUCCUGUGACUAAGGUCAGCCCUGCAAGGUGAACAUGGCAGGUCCACUGCACUAAUAGAGGGCCUGCAGAUUUCCUUUGUGUGGUUUGAAGAUAGAAAAGCAAACCCACCAAUUUACUGUAGGAUCUGCCCAGGAGCAACAGAUAAGGGAAGCCCACGGCAGCAGGAAUCAGGAGGUAAGACACAAAAAUAAAGUUUCUGGUAUCAUAGAAUCCUGGAAUACUAGAAUGGCUUGGGUUGGAAGGGACCUCAAAGCCCACCCAGCCUCAACCUCAUACCAUGGGCAGGGCGGCCACCUACCAACUGAGACUGCCCAGGGCCUCAUCCAGCCUGGCCCUGAAUACCUCCAGGGGUAGGGCAUCCACAAUUUCUCUGGGCAGCCCAUUCCAUAGCAGCAACAUGAUUUUGAACUAUGUUGACACAGCUUCUUUUUCACCAGAGGAAGCUGAAUAACAUGGUGAGGUUACAAUGCCAGUUAUCAGUCCUCUAUACGGGCCUCAGAUGAGGCAAAUAUGAAUUAAACACAGACUGAGACAGCACCAAAAUCUGUACCUUGCUAGAACAGCACACUUUCCAUACAAAAGGCAGCAAAGCAAGGAAACUCCUCUUGGUUAUGAAUGUGCAUUAGAGCAUGAGGACAAUCUCUAAGGAUAUGCAAAUAGGAACCUUUUUGUUUGUGGAGAGCAUAUAGGAAAGCUGUGCCAGCACAGAGAUAGAAAGCAUCCAUUGGAGCAGAAAGUGUUUUAGGUCUGGAUGCAAACUGAAGUAAUUUUGCACUGCUCUCCCUUGAACUCAAAAAUUUCCUGGGGAAAAAAACAAAAAGGCAGGCAGAGAUGUUGAAAUGAGUAGGAAUGCAGGAGAUGAAUCCAGAGAUUUACGGCAUGCUCUAAAGGAAGCUCAGCUCAGGGCAUUGCUGCUGUUGCCACACAUGGGGCCAGCAGCAGUGUGCACCCACAGUUGUGCUGGCCAGUGCUCCUUGUGAGCACUUUUGUGCUGCUCUAUGUGUGUGUGUGAUGAGUCAGAAAUGGCCUGUCUUACCACCUAUAAUGUUUUGUCCCAUCCCCCCCUUUUUUUUUCUUUCAAAAUAGCCAUUAUACUAUGAAAAAUGAAUAAACUAAGUUAGCUCUCAAGGGAGGCCACCUGAUUUGUCAGACCUACAGAUACAGCUGGAACAAACAAUCUGUCAGGCAUUUGGUGUGUUUUGGGGGCUGAUUUGCAGCCUGGUUUGGUUCUGGUUUUGUUGUUUUUUUCCCAACAGUAAUUGGCAGUAUCACAAAAUGCAUUCCUCCCCCUUAAACACUUUGCCUCACAUUGAAUCCCAGACAGCGGUGGCUAUGCCACCCGAAUUCCACCCCAAGCACAUCAGCCAGAGCUUAGGACCCAGAGCCCUGCUUUAGGCUUACGGGAUGUGACAGCUGAUGGAAAAUCAAUGAAGUGUGCUUUACGGAGCGUCAUAAUGAUGCAAGAUGAGGCUCAAAAGGUGCCUGCUUGCCUUUCAGGCUCAUCUGUCUGCCUUAGGUUUUAACCAGAUUGUUUUAGCCCCCUACUAGGAUGAGAUCAAUUUGCCUAUGAAAAGAAAGGACUAUAUUUAAAGGAAAAGCUACAGCCAUGCCCAUGCUGUUUCUGAUGCUCUGUGCGCUGUGUUGGAGCCAUUCAGAUGUGGCUGCCCUUGGUUCAGUUGUGGAGAAUGAGGACGCGCUCCUGAGACACUUAUUUCAAGGCUAUCAGAAAUGGGUCCGCCCUGUGGAAAAUUCCAACGACACCAUCAAAGUCCUCUUUGGGUUAAAGAUAUCACAGCUUGUAGAUGUGGAUGAGAAGAACCAGCUGAUGACGACCAACGUGUGGCUGAAGCAGGAAUGGAUGGACCACAAGCUCUCCUGGAAUCCAGAGGAAUAUGGUGGGAUCACCGCUAUCCGUGUCCCUUCUGAGUCCCUGUGGCUUCCCGACAUUGUUCUGUUUGAAAAUGCUGAUGGACGUUUUGAAGGGUCCCUGAUGACCAAAGCCAUAGUGAAAUACAAUGGAGUGGUGACCUGGACGCCACCAGCCAGCUACAAGAGCUCCUGCACGAUGGAUGUAACCUUCUUCCCCUUCGACAGGCAGAACUGCUCCAUGAAAUUUGGGUCAUGGACAUAUGAUGGCAGUAUGGUGGACUUGAUUCUAGUGGAUGAAAAUGUAGACAGGAAAGACUUCUUUGAUAAUGGGGAGUGGGAGAUCUUAAAUGCCAAAGGUAUGAAAGGCAACAGGAAGGAUGGGCUGUACUCUUACCCAUUUGUCACUUACUUCUUUGUGCUGAGACGCCUUCCACUGUUCUACACUCUUUUCUUAAUAAUUCCCUGUCUAGGAUUGUCUUUUCUAACUGUCCUGGUGUUUUACCUGCCCUCAGAUGAAGGAGAAAAGCUCUCAUUGUCCACUUCAGUUCUAGUCUCCCUCACUGUUUUCCUUUUAGUGAUUGAGGAAAUAAUCCCUUCUUCUUCCAAAGUAAUCCCUCUGAUUGGUGAGUAUUUACUGUUCAUCAUGAUUUUUGUGACCCUCUCUAUCAUUGUGACUGUCUUUGUUAUCAACGUCCACCACCGCUCCUCAGCAACCUACCAUCCUAUGGCUCCCUGGGUUAAAAGACUCUUCCUUCAGAAGCUGCCUCGGCUGCUCUGUAUGAAGGGACAUGUAGACCGUUAUUCCUUCUCAGACACUGAGGAAAAGGAAACCACCUUGAAAUCAAAACUCCCAGGAAAGCAGAAACACAAGCAAGCAAAAGAUGGAGAGAAGAUCGUGAUUGCCUUUUUGGAAAAGGCAGCUGAUUCCAUUCGGUACAUUUCCAGGCAUGUUAAAAAGGAGCACUUCAUCAGGCAGGUUGUCCAAGACUGGAAAUUUGUAGCUCAAGUCCUGGAUCGGAUCUUCCUGUGGUUAUUCCUGGUGGUGUCUGUGAUGGGUUCAGUUCUCAUCUUCACCCCUGCGUUACAGAUGUGGCUGAAUAGCACUUUGUAGA